AUGGAAUGUUUAAUAUGUUCAAAGCAAGUUUCAAAUUUAAGUGGUUUUAAAAUACACGUUAUAACUCAUCUUACCAAAAAACCAUUCAAAUGUGAAAUAUGCGGAAAAGGAUUUAAACGACACAACGAUCGCUAUAUCCACAUGAGGGUGCACGCAAAAUCUCAAUAUCAGGCGCAAUGCGAGAUCUGUAAGAAAACAUUAAGUUCCCAACACCAUCUGAACAAUCAUAUAAAAAGACAUAAUAAAGAGUUUGAUUUUACCUGUGAUAAAUGCAAUAUGGGAUUUGUUACUCGGUCAGAGUUUAAAACCCAUUGUUAUAAAAAACACUCGGGAAUUAAGCAUACUUGCGUUAAUUGUGAAAAAACGUAUUGCGACAAACAAGCAUUACUGGACCAUAUAAGAACCGUUCACGAAAAUGUUGAGCCAGAGUUCCAUUGCAUGUUGUGCGAUAUAAAGUUUAAAAUAAAAAAACGUUUAAGAUAUCACAAUGACAAACAUCAUUCAGAUAAGGUGAAAUCCUAUAUAUGCGACAUAUGUGGGAAAUCCGUAUCUUCGCCGCAUUCCCUCAGAACACAUAUUCAAAUUCACAAAGGAAUAAAACCGCACUCUUGUCCGUCGUGCGACAUGAGAUUUACAACGAAAAACACACUCAGACUGCAUAUAAGAAAACACACCGGUGAAAAACCAUACGAAUGCAAAGUAUGCAAAAAGAAGUUUUCCCAACAAAGUUCGAGAAACCUUCAUCUUAAAAGACAUUCUGAUGUAAAACCAUUUACAUGUGAUAUCUGUGAAGGAACGUUUGUGUCACAGGGAGUGUUAAAUAUGCAUAAAAAAGCUGCACACAAAAUCAUUUUGCCACACAGCAAAAUUAUUAAAACGUAG